ACGGGAGCUGUGGGCCAGACCGACCAAGGCAGCAGGUACAGGCAUGUGGUGUGGGUGGCCAAGGUCUCGGGCAACAACAUCACUAUUGAGGAGUACAACCACAAGCGCCACAGGUACGGCACGCGGACUGUUCCCAAGAGCUCAUUCAAACCAGCCGAGCAAGAAAAGAAGAAGCGCAAGAAUGGCGUGGAGCCGCAGGCGGCCAUGUUCAACAAGUACAUGGAAGGCCUAACGGGGCUGAGCGAUCUGGAAAUGUCCGACAUUGGCGUGCAGGAGUCUCACAUGUACACGACGGAAGAAGAGGCUGCGUCGUUGGAGCCUGGCAAAGACAGCGCUCUCGGCGCUGCGGGUUUUGGAUGGGUCAAUCGGAUGCGGCCGCUGACCAAGCGCCGGGUGCUGAAGCUAGAUGCUGGGCCAAGGAUCCGGUGGAUAUUGCAGGCAGGCACGCCGAACCGCGUGCGCAAAGCUGCUGGAGGACGGCGAUCUGAAGCUCAACCGCUGCGGCUAGUGGUGGUCGAUUGCUGGCAGGACGACAAGAUGCGGGUCAUCAUUGAUAUGGACGACACGAGGGCGGAUCUGUUUGCGAUCUGGCGCGAUCUGCUGCUGCCGGCGUCCAAGAACCCGGACUACAACUUUAAGCUUCGCCUUUUGUAA